CCACACAAAGGUCAAACUAGACUUUUCACACCCCACACACCUCAAAAUCCCGCCAACACGUUUGUGGUGUGAGGGUAACAAUGAAGCUAUCUUCCUCACAACAACACUUUCCUCUCUUCAAUGGCGGUUCAAAGUUACACUUCACUACCUUCAUCAAACCCUCGUUUUCACAUUCUCACCUCCAGUUUCCAUCUCUACCGGCUCUUGAUUCUUCCUCCUCCUCCGCCGCAUCGAUUCCGGCACCGGUCCUCCGAGAAACCGCCGUUCCUGCUGAAUUUGCUGAUACCGGAAGUAGCGAAAUCUCGAAACGGACGGUUAAGGAGUUGCUCGUUAUUCGACGGCCGGUGAAGGAGUCUGCCGGUGACGGUGAAGGUGAAGGAGAUGCUGACGUGGAAGUGGAAGUGGAAGGAAGUUCGUCGCUUACGUCAUCGUCGUCGGUUGUUGAUGCUGAGUUGUCUAGGUUUGCGAAGAAGAUGCCGAUUUUUGAGCCGAUGAGAAUUGAUUCGAGUUCUGGUGAGAAACCGCUAGGUGUUAAUUUGGAUCUAGCGUUGUAUAGAGCUAAAGUGUUGGGGAGGAAUUUUAGAUACAAGGAAGCUGAGGAAGUUCUUCAGAAGUGCAUAUCUUACUGGCCUGAGGAUGGAAGAUCUUAUGUGGCACUAGGAAAAAUAUUGGGCAAGCAAUCAAAAGCAAAUGAAGCAAGAGCAGUCUAUGAGAAGGGCUGCCAAGCAACACAAGGUGAAAAUGCCUACAUUUGGCAGUGCUGGGCUGUUCUGGAAAACAAAAUGGGAAAUAUACGGAGGGCAAGGCAACUAUUUGAUGCUGCAACAGUAGCUGACAAAAAACACAUAGCAGCAUGGCAUGGAUGGGCAGUUUUGGAACUGAAAGUCGGAAACGUAAAGAAAGCUAGGUAUCUUCUAAGUAAAGGAAUAAAAAACUGUGGUGGAAAUGAAUACAUAUAUCAAACACUUGCAAUGCUUGAAGCUAAAGCAAACCGCUAUGAGCAAGCACGUUACUUGUUCAGGCAGGCUACUAAAUGUAAUCCCAAAAGCUGUGCAAGUUGGCUUGCUUGGGCUCAACUUGAAGUACAACAAGAAAAUUAUCGCGAUGCUAGACAGCUUUUUGAGAAAGCUGUGGAAGCUAGUCCAAAGAACAGAUUUGCAUGGCAUGUAUGGGGAGUUUUUGAAUCUAAUAUCGGAAACGUUGAUAAGGGGCGGAAACUGUUAAAAAUCGGACAUGCGUUAAAUCCUAGAGAUCCUGUAUUACUUCAGUCACUUGGUUUGUUAGAGUACAAACAUUCAGCUCCCAAUUUUGCUCGAGCGUUGUUCAGAAGAGCUGCAGAAUUAGACCCGAGGCACCAACCUGUUUGGAUUGCUUGGGGUUGGAUGGAGUGGAAAGAAGGAAAUAUAAAAACAGCUAGAGAACUCUACCAAAAAGCAUUGUCAAUCAAUUCAACAAGUGAAAGUGCUGCUCGCUGCCUUCAGGCUUGGGGUGUUCUGGAACAACGAUUGGGUAAUUUAUCAGCUGCUAGAAGACUAUUUAGAUCAUCACUUAACAUAAAUUCUCAAAGUUAUGUAACAUGGAUGACAUGGGCAUCUCUUGAAGAAGAUGAAGGAAACUCCAUUCGUGCAGAAGAGAUCCGGAACCUCUAUUUCCAACAGCGUACAGAAGUGGUUGAUGAUGGUUCAUGGGUGACAGGAAUGUUGGACAUUAUAGAUCCAGCCAUUGAUAGUAUAAAGAAACUACUAAACAUUAAUCAGAACCCGUAUAACAAGACACGUGAUUCUUCAACAAGUGAAGACGGCUCAGACCGUGUUGUUGAUGAAAGUAACACAGAAAGUGGAACCGGGUUUGAUUUAGAUGGUUUUAUCCGUAAGAAACUCUCUCUUGAUGCGUCAAAACUGGAUAUUGAUUUAGAAUCUAAAUCCAACAAGUCUCCAAGAAAGAUUUGGCGAGCAAGUGAAAGUAAAGUGCCAGUAUAACCAGCGACUAGUAAUACAUUGAAAGCAAAUUCAAACAAAUUGUGGUCUGGUCUGCUUAGCUCAAGCUGAAGCUAAAUACACAAGUAUUGGAUGAAUGAUCUAAACACAAGGUGCUCACAGAUAUUAUAUGAUUGUUCAUUGUAGCUUAAAAGUGUAAGACAAUGAUGCCUUAUUUCAGAAGAGAAGCUUUGUAAUUAUACUGAAUGCUUUGAUCAUCUUUUAGCAAUAUCGAGAUUGCUAAAGGACAUGGCUGACCUGACAUAAAUCUUUGAUCAUCAUCAUCAUCAUCAUA